AACCGAGGUGGGUGUCGCCGGCGGCGCAUAGGCGCUCGCCAUGGAGUCCUACGAUGUGAUCGCGAAUCAGCCGGUGGUGAUUGACAACGGUUCUGGCAUGAUUAAAGCUGGCUUUGCAGGUGAUCAAAUACCUAAGUACUGUUUUCCAAAUUAUGUUGGCAGACCAAAGCAUGUCCGAGUUAUGGCUGGAGCUUUGGAAGGUGACAUUUUCAUUGGCCCAAAAGCAGAGGAACAUAGAGGUCUUCUUUCUAUACGGUACCCAAUGGAACAUGGAAUAGUGAAGGACUGGAAUGAUAUGGAGCGCAUUUGGCAGUAUGUGUAUUCAAAAGAUCAACUCCAGACAUUCUCUGAAGAACAUCCUGUGCUCUUGACGGAAGCACCACUGAAUCCUCGUAAGAACCGUGAACGAGCAGCUGAGGUUUUCUUUGAGACUUUCAAUGUGCCAGCUCUGUUCAUCUCUAUGCAAGCUGUGCUUAGCCUUUAUGCAACAGGACGAACUACAGGGGUGGUGUUGGACUCUGGGGAUGGGGUCACCCAUGCAGUACCUAUUUAUGAAGGUUUUGCAAUGCCCCACUCCAUUAUGCGAAUUGACAUAGCUGGCCGCGAUGUCUCUCGUUUUCUUCGUCUCUAUCUCCGGAAGGAAGGCUAUGACUUCCAUACAUCAUCUGAAUUUGAGAUCGUCAAAACCAUAAAAGAGCGGGCUUGCUAUUUGUCAAUAAACCCUCAGAAGGAUGAAACUCUAGAAACUGAAAAAGCUCAAUAUUACCUUCCUGAUGGAAGCACCAUUGAGAUUGGUCCUGCCCGAUUCAGGGCUCCUGAAUUACUGUUCCGUCCAGAUCUGAUUGGAGAAGAAUGUGAGGGAUUGCAUGAAGUUCUGGUUUUUGCAAUUCAAAAGUCUGAUAUGGACUUAAGGCGAACUCUCUUUUCUAACAUUGUGCUCUCUGGAGGCUCAACGCUUUUCAAAGGUUUUGGUGAUAGGCUUCUGAGUGAAGUAAAGAAACUGGCCCCUAAAGAUGUCAAAAUCAGGGUAUGUAGAGCUUGUUUGGAGGUUGUAACAGGGGAGCACAACUACUGUAUACACUUGCCUGAAGAUCAGUACACUCCUAUUUGGAUGGUUAUUCUUUUCCACCAAUUGCACAGCUUCGGGAGGGAUGCACACGGAGCAGUGAAGGAGGAAGGGGACACCAGCCUGAUCAGCAGAAUCGACCCUAGUAAUCAAUAGGGUGACAUGUCGUGACUAUAUAAUCCUCACAUGAAAGGACUUAAGAACCCUGUCAUACUCUGUUUUAACUAGAAUCUACUCAGAUUUCACCAGAACAUGUUCUUUUUUAAUGGUAAUUUUAUUAACA